AUGGCCCUCGAUCUUCAAGGACCAGUCACUUGUAAAUGGGGAAUGGGUCGCCGCGGCUUCAAAAGCCCGAUUCGAGAUCCUGGCACUGGCGGAUGUUGGGCUUCAGCACCAGACAAUUGUGCAACUGACGUGGCUGCUGCUGUCGAAGCUGCGCACGAAGCAUUUCGUCUCUACGGGCGAACCACACCCAGAGCCCGCUCACAGUGGCUUCUGAAGUGGGGAACGCUUAUCGAGAAGCACAAGGACGAUUUGGCAACUAUCGUCACAUUCGAGACGGGCAAGCCGUUGCCAGAAUCCUUGGCCGAGGUGGACUAUGCCCUGAGUUCGACUCAUUGGUUCGCGGGAGAAGCAGACCGCAUUCAAGGCACCGCUUUCGAUGCCGCAAUUCCUGGAAAGAAGGUCUUGACGAUCAAGCAGCCCAUUGGUGUCGUGGCUGCGCUUGUUCCAUGGAACUUCCCCGUCUCAAUGGUGGUUCGAAAGGCCGGAGCGGCUCUUGCGGCCGGAUGCACCAUGGUCAUCAAACCAUCCCCUGAGGCACCCCUCUCGGCCUUGGCGCUCGCGUUCCUUGCAGAGGAAGCUGGGAUUCCCAAGGGUGUUCUAAAUGUCCUAACAACCAGUCUCGAGAAUACGCCAGGUGUCAGUGAAGCGCUUUGCCGUCACCCCUUGGUCAAGAAGGUGACGUUUACGGGCUCAACUAGGAUUGGAAAGCUGGUCGCACGACUAUGCUCAGAAGGGCUCAAAAAAGUGACCCUUGAGCUAGGUGGUAACUGUCCUUUUAUCAUUUUUGAUGAUGCCAAUCUGACCGAAGCUGUCAAUGCGCUCAUGGGAUUGAAAUGGCGAAAUGCUGGGCAAGCGUGCGUUACUGCUAAUCGAGUUUAUGUCCAUUCUGCAGUGUAUGACGAGUUUGCGUCUCUCAUCACGGAGCGGACGUCGAGGCUCGUUCAAGGCCAUGGCAGCCUGGCGACCUCAACUAUCGGGCCAGUGACGACUCCGCAGGCGCUCGAGCGUACCAAGCAACUUGUAGAAGAUGCCAAAGCCCAAGGGGCCAAGAUCCUCUUGGGGGGCGAACAGCUGAAAGACACGUCCGGUUUCUUUUUUCAACCAACCGUCAUUGCCGAAGCAACCAAGUCGAUGCGUUUCGCCGAUGAAGAAUGCUUCGCCCCAAUCCUGAGCCUUUUCAAGUUCGAGACCGAAGCACAGGUCAUACAGGCUGCGAAUGAUACCUCUGUGGGCUUGGCCUCAUAUGUCUUCACCAAAGAUAUGGAUAGGUCUUGGCGCCUCAUGGAUGCUCUAGAAGCAGGCAUGAUCGGUGUCAAUACGAAUUCUAUCGCGGGAGCUGAGGUGCCUUUCGGCGGCAUCAAGGAGUCGGGAUAUGGCAAAGAGGCGGGCAAGGAUGUUGCGGUUGAGGAAUACCUCGGCAGUUGGCCGCAACAGAAUACAGCUCAACUACCACCCAGAUGGGCAAACCUAACUUGUUUUUUCUGA